AUGUCGAAUCGUUCAAAAAGUAUUAUGGCUAUACAGAUCUAUUUAGCGGUACUAGUGUUGUAUGGAUUCAGUUUGUAUUAUUCGACAUUUGUAGGAAACAAUAUUAAAUCGAACAAGGUUAAAGUACCUUUAAAGAUGAGGGCCGUCGUAGAUUACGGAAAGUGUUUCUUUACAUUGUGGAAUUUUAUGCUACAAAUCUUCUUUAUUUCGCUAGCCGUCCUAGAUGAACUAUCAAAACUUCUGAGCUUUCCAUCAAAAAUCCAGAAUCUUCUGAACAAAGCCAGGGCCUACAUAUUCAACAGCCUCGUGUUUCCAUGCAGCACAUUAGUAGUUUUUACGUUUUGGUCUAUCUGGGCUGUGGAUAGAGAACUGAUAUUCCCGAAGGUUAUGGACACAUUCUUUCCCUCGUGGUUGAAUCAUGUGUUACAUACUUUCAUAGCUAUUCCUCUAGUUAUAGAAAUACUGCUGCCAAAGAAAGAUAAUUUUGUGCAAUUUAAGAAUGCAGCUCCCAUAUUAUUAUUUUAUGCUGGAAUCUACCAGACAUUAUAUUUUUCCAUAUAUCUCAGGGAUGGAGUAUGGCUAUAUCCAAUUUAUAAAGUUCUUAGCAUACCCCAAAUGGUCUUAUUCAAUAUAGUACAAAUGUUAUUAAUAUUAGGAUUCCAGUAUGUAGGUAUAAGUUUACAAAAUAGCAAAAUGAAGAAAACAGAAGUAGGUAAAAAGAAAGUCAAGUGA